AUGCUUCCACUCCCUCCUCCACCACCCUCGCCACUGCCCAAAGAACCAUCUACACCACCAGAAAAGCAAAGAUUUCCAGUCUCUCUCAAUCAGAUUGUCAUAUCAAAGCAAGCCAGAAAUCAACAAAGUUCCUCAGCAGAGACAUCAAAUUCUGACAGCAAGAAAUUAAGCAAGCCACCAAUAUUCAAACAUCCUCGACCACGCCGCACCAACCCAGUUAUAUGGUUUGGCGCAAUCCUAUGCCUCGUAUUCAGCCUUGUUCUCAUCCUCUUUGGAAUAGCAACUUUGAUUAUCUAUCUUGUCAUUAAGCCAAAAAACCCAGUGUUUGACAUACCAAACGCAAAUCUAAAUAGCAUCUAUUUCGAUUCCCCAGAGUAUUUUAAUGGGGAUCUUACCUUCCUCGCAAACUUCUCCAACCCAAAUCAGAAAAUUGAUGUAAGAUUCGAGUAUGUGGAUAUAGAGCUCUACUUUUUUGACAGACUCAUUGGAACUCAAGCUCUUCAGCCUUUCACACAAAGAAGUCGGGAAACAAGACUGCAAUCAGUUCAUGUAAUAUCAAGUUUGGUCUAUUUGCCCCAGAAUCUGGCUAUGGAACUUCAAAAGCAGGUGCAGAGUAACAAGGUCCACUACAACAUGAGAGGGACUUUUAAAGUCAGAGCAAACCUGGGUCUGCUCCAUUAUUCAUACUGGUUACAUGGAAGGUGUGAGAUAGAGAUGACCGGCCCACCCACUGGCGUUAUUGUUGCCCGAAGAUGCAAAACAAGGAGAUGA